CUGGCUCGCUCUCGCUCGCUUGCUUGCUCUCGGUCUCGUUCUGGCGCUGGGUCCGCGCGAGCUUUUGUGCGGGACGCUGCGUCAAAGCUGUACCGCUGUCUCUCGGCUCCCCAUCGAGCGAGCGUCGGGACGCCAUCGCACGCAGCCAGGCAGCCAGGGGCCCGGCCAGGGAGCGAGCGAGGGCAGGGCAGAACAGAGAGGAGGCCGACCCCAGGGGACGGAGCGAGGGAGCGAGGGAAGGGAGAGAGAGAGCAGAGGACGAGGCGAGGGCUGAGCUUUGCAUUGCAUUGCUGCUGCUUCUGCUGCCGGGAGCUGCUGCUGCUGCUCGCUGGUGGUGCUGCUCGAGAGGUCGUGGGGAGAUCCGUGGGGGGCUCGACUGAGCUGCCGCUGGUGGUGGUGGGUGGACGCGGGUGCAUGAUUUAAUCUCGACUCGACUUUAAUCUCGAAUCGAAUCGACUGGGGCUCGACGCGGGCGGGCGUGAGUGAUCCAAGAACGUGGUGGAUCGGUCGGGGCGGGGCGGAGGGGAUUUUGUUAGGUUGCGAGAGAAAUUCUGAGAUUGCGAGGAGGGGGGAGGUUUUGAUCCGGGCUGCUGGUGGCGGAUUGCUCUGCGCGGGAGACCGAUUCGAAGUUUGAGGGAGGCCGGGAGGGGCAAGAUCUGGGGCCGAAGGACGGCGGUGGAGGAGCUGGAGGGCCCCCGAUGGCCGCCUCGUCCGAGUCCGCUGGCGGGCUCGGCAUGAUUCCGGGAUCGGUCAAGAAGUGGGUCUUUUCGGAGGAGAUUGCGCGAGGAGGAAUCUGUUUGUGAUUCUGCUCUCCCUUCCGGAUUGCGUUGGCAGGGCUUGCGGUCCGAUGUUUGUGAGGUUUUAGGUGGGAAGAGGAAUUGGGUGCCCUAGGGUUUUGUGAUCGGAUGUCCCAAGAUUUUCUGUGGGUUUAGGACGUCAGUGUGGGUCGUAUGCUUUGCAGCAAUCGAGUCCUGGACGGAACUGUCGUUGAGGAUUUCAGUAUUUUCUCCUCGCCUUGUCCCUGGAUCUGAGACUCUUUCUCUGGCCUUGCUGGAGAUUCGAAAGGCACAUGGUCUUUUCCUUCAAUCAAGAUACUGGUAUCUGAUCGACAGCUGUGGUCGAAGGAACCCGGAGACAAUUGCAAAUUUCCACAGAAAAUCCAGAAGUUCUGUUCUUCACGGGAUCUGAGCAUCGCUUUGCUAGUUGCGAAAAUGAACAUGGCUAACGAGCAGAUGUUGAACGCCCAAGUGGCUGCCGUGCUGGGAGGAGACUCCGUGGCACCUCUUGAAGCUCUAGUUGCACAGCUCAUGAGCACGGGAAAUGAGCAGAGAGGGCAAGCAGAGCAGAUUUUCAAUCACUGCAAAGUGAAUCAUGCCGAAGCACUCGUACUGAAGCUUGUCCAGACUUUGCAAGUUUCUCAGCAGGUUGAAGUGCGGGCUAUGGUUGCCAUUCUUCUUCGUAAGCUCAUCACGAAAGACGACGUAUCAUUGUGGAAGAAACUUUCUCCUGCGACUCAGGUUGCAGUGAAGUCUCAGCUUCUGCUGUGUGUGCAGCACGAGGAAGGAAAAUCCAUUCUAAAGAAGUUGUGCGAUACGGUCACAGAGUUAGCGGCUGACAUCUUGGAGGACGGACAAUGGCCCGAAUUGUUGCCUUUUAUGUUUCAGUGCGUCAGCUCAGAUUCAAUGAAGCUUCGGGAGAGUGCACUGACCAUGUUCGCGCAGCUGGCCCCAUACAUUGGGCCGCAGCUCAGGUCACAUUUGCCCACCUUGCACGCAGUAUUUCAACAAUGUCUGGCGUCAACCACAUCGAGUGAUCUCCGUUUGGCUGCGUUACGAGCAACUACCCAUUUUGUGGCAACUCUAGAGUCCGCCCAAGAUCGAGCUUGCUUCCAGGAUCUUCUACCCGGAAUGUUGCAAACAUUGUCGUUGGCUCUGAAUAACCGGGAGGAGGCAACAGCUCAAGAAGCGCUGGAGAUGUUCAUUGCCGUGGCAGGUACAGAACCACGGUUUUUGCGUCGCCAGUUGGCAGAGGUUGUGGGCAACAUGCUGCAGAUCGUUGAAGCGGAGGAGCUUGAUGAAGGCACUCGCCACCUUGCCGUCGAGUUCCUUAUCACUCUGGCCGAAGCUAGGGAGCGAGCUCCAGGAAUGAUGCGAAAACUACCUCACUUCAUCGGGAGAUUGUUUGGAACCCUCAUGAGGAUGCUUUUGGAUAUCGAGGACGAGCCCUCGUGGCAUGCCGCGGACAGCGAAGAUGAAGACGCUGGCGAAUCUAGCAACUACGAAGUUGGUCAAGAAUGCCUUGACAGGCUGGCUAUUGCUCUUGGAGGCAAUACCGUGCUACCCGUCGCAUCACAGUUGUUGCCAUCUUACAUAGCUGAUGCAGCUUGGGAGAAGCGCCAUGCAGCUCUCAUUACUCUGGCGCAGAUUGCAGAGGGAUGCUCUAAGGUUAUGACCAAAAACCUAGCUCCAGUUGUGGAUAUGGUACUAAAUUCUUUCAACGAUCCCCAUCCACGUGUAAGAUGGGCAGCCAUAAACACUAUCGGCCAGCUUUCCACGGAUCUGGGUCCUGUACUGCAGCAAGAGUACCAUCAACGGGUGCUACCCGCCCUUGUGGGUGCCAUGGAUGAUUUCCAAAAUCCACGAGUGCAGGCACACGCAGCCGCGGCGAUUUUGAACUUCAGCGAAAGCUGCACUCCUGAAAUUCUGACUCCCUACCUCGACGGGGUCAUUACGAAGUUACUCGUCUUGUUGCAGAAUGGCAAAAGGAUGGUCCAAGAAGGUGCACUGACCGCCCUGGCUUCAGUUGCAGACUCCGCACAGGCUUUGUUUCAGAAGUACUACGACACAGUCAUGCCUUUCUUGAAGACAAUUUUGAUCAGUGCCAAUGACAAGGCUAAUCGAAUGCUUCGAGCAAAAUCAAUGGAAUGUAUAAGUCUGGUUGGAAUGGCUGUCGGCAAGGAAAAAUUUCGAGAUGACGCCAAGCAGGUUAUGGAGGUGCUGAUGAACCUUCAGGGGUCUCAGAUGGAAGACGACGAUCCUACAAUCAGCUACAUGCUCCAGGCUUGGGCUCGGCUUUGCAAAUGUUUGGGACAAGAGUUUUUGCCGUACAUGAGCGUCGUGAUGCCACCGUUGCUUCGCUCUGCUCAGUUGAAGCCAGAUGUGACCAUUACGGACGCUGACUCAGACGACGAUGGUAAUGACACUGAUGAUGAGAGUGUCGAAACAAUUACUGUCGGUGACAAGAAGAUUGGAAUACGGACAAGUAUUCUUGAGGAGAAAGCUACGGCUUGUAACAUGCUUUGCUGCUACGCGGAUGAGCUGAAAGAGGGAUUUUAUCCUUGGAUUGACCAGGUUGCACCAAUUUUGGUUCCUCUUCUCAAGUUCUACUUCCAUGAAGAAGUCCGCAAGGCUGCUGUUUCAGCUAUGCCGGAGUUGUUACGUUCUGGAAAACUUGCUGUAGAGAAGGGGCAGGCGCAUGGAAGAAACGAGUUGUAUUUGAAGCAGCUUACUGACUACAUUGUUCCAGCUCUCGUAGAGGCCUUGCAUAAGGAACCUGAAACCGAAAUAUGUGCAAAUAUGCUGGAUGCGUUGAACGAGUGCAUUCAGAUUGCGGGUCCUCUUCUUGACUCUGGUCAGAUUAAGACAAUGGUUGAAGAGUUCAAGCAAGUAAUAACGGCAAGCAGUUCUAGGAAGAAAGAACGUGCUGAGAGAACCAAGACGGAGGACUUUGAUGCGGAGGAAGGGGAAUUGUUAGAAGAGGAGAAUGAACAGGAAGAGGAAGUGUUUGAUCAGGUUGGGGAGUGUCUUGGGACUUUGAUCAAAACGUAUAAAAAUCUUUUCCUCCCAUACUUUGAAGAAUUGAUCGUCUACAUUACACCAAUGCUGGGCAAGGAACGCUCCCCGGAGGAGAAGAGGGUAGCCAUCUGCAUAUUCGACGAUGUAGCCGAACAAUGCCGAGAAGCAGCGAUAAAGUACUAUGAUACCUUCCUUCCAUUUUUGCUAGAAGCCUGCACCGAUGCCAACCCGGACGUUCGGCAGGCAUCGGUCUAUGGUAUCGGAGUCUGUGCUGAGUUCGGAGGCCCUAGUUUCAAACCUCUCGUGGGAGAGGCAUUAACCAGGCUCACCGCCGUAGUCGCUCAGCCAACUUCUGCAGCCCCGGAGAAUAUCAUGGCCACAGACAAUGCAGUAUCUGCCUUGGGAAAGAUAUGCCAGUUCCAAAGAGACGGAAUUGACGCAGCCCAGGUCGUGCCUGCCUGGCUUAGUUGCUUGCCAUUGAAACAUGAUCUGGUUGAAGCGAAAAUAGUACACGAACAGCUUUGUGUGAUGGUGGAGAGGUCUGAUGCACAUCUUCUGGGCCCUAAUAACCAAUACUUACCGAAGAUCGCGUCCGUAUUUGUGGAGGUAUUGACAGCAGAUGGACCACUAGUAUCACAGGCAACUGCAGCGCGCAUGGUCAACAUAUUACGCCAUCUGCAACAGACCUUGCCUCCUGAUGCCCUCGCCUCUACAUGGUCGUCUUUACAACCACAACACCGGGCGGCCCUGCAAUCAAUUUUGUCUCAAGCAACUCAUUGAGCAUGUCUGGGAACGAUGAGGGAGCAAAUUUAUUUCCCUCAAAGGAUUAAGACAUUGCCAUCUAACUAAAGGAAUGAACUAUUCUAUUAUUCAUUUCAAUUGGAGUUCAUUACUUUGCCAUUCGUUGGGAAUAAAAUCUGUUAAAUAUAAUGAGGUUGCUGACUUGCCAGCUGGGUAUUUGCACUUAUUUUCAGCCACACUUAGGUUUCAUCUGGGAUAAGCAGAACAGGCAGUAGACAGUAGACAUUGCUUACUUAGACAUUGGUAGUGUUUAGUAUUAGAAUUUUUUCCCUGCAUAGAAUGCUGGUGAGAUAUGUGCCCGGGCAUUGGAGGUAAUCUUCACCAGUUACCCUAACUUUGAGAAGAGGGAUCACAGUCGAAGCUCCUCCAUCAAUUGAGCUUUCUGAAGGAUUCUAGUGUGAUCAGAACCUCACUCUUAGUACUAGGACUACAGAAGACGAGCUUCCACUGUCAGGUUCGGACUUUUUACUAUAGAGUAUAUGGGUAGUAUUUGCUGGCCUGGGAUGGCGUUGCGCUGAAGAGUUUGUGCAGUUGUAGAGAGACACCUAACUUCAGGUGGCGAGGCGUAUUUCGUUGUGUAGCCUUCCGAAUCUGCCGGCUCCUGUUUCGCCUUUAGUCUACUGCCGCAGUGAUUCAUCAUUCAUGUGUAUUUGGCUCGCCAUAUAUAAUACAUAUAUAUGGUCUUUUCCUUUUCCUUCGACUAAUCACACGUCGC